AUGGCCCUCAACGUGAAUCCUCUCUUCGAGCAACAAACUAGUACGAGAAAACAAAACGACGAAGCUAAAACAUCAUCCAACGACAAUCAUGCAGUGACUAAAAGAUUACACAAAGAGCUCAUGACUCUUAUGAUGAGCCAGGAGACAAACGUGUCUGCCUUUCCAGAAGGUGAGAACCUUUUCAAGUGGAUAGGCACCAUUUUGGGGCCCAAAGACUCUGCCUAUGAUUCUCUAAAAUUCAAGCUCAGCCUACAGUUCCCUAAUUCAUAUCCAUACACAGCACCUAUAGUGAAGUUUAUCACACCCUGUUUUCAUCCAAAUGUAGAUACCAGUGGCAACAUAUGCCUGGAUAUUCUCAAAGACAAAUGGUCUGCUCUAUAUGAUGUGAGAACCAUUUUACUGUCUGUACAGUCAUUGCUAAGUGAACCUAACAUUGAUAGUCCUUUGAAUGCCUUGGCAGCUGAAAAGUGGCAGAAGCCUGAUGAAUAUAAAAUACAUGUGAUUGAAACACAUAAAGAAGCCUGA